CCGCGUCCCCUCCCCGGCCGGCGGGAGGCGGCGGCUCUCCCAUGCCGCCCGCCUAGCCCCUUGCUUUGAAUUUCUGCCCGUCGGCCGAUCUGGGGAGAGACGGGGAGGGGGUACGUCCCCUCGCACUUUCCUCCCCCUCCACUUCUUUUUUUCCACCCUUUUUUGCCUUCCCUCCAUUACGCCCCCCUCUUCCCCAGCCCGCUUCUCCUCCACCGGGACUGUUCGGCGGCCAUGCGGCCGGUCCUGGGCGAGCGGCUCUAACUCGCCACCUCGCCCGGAUGGCCCCCCGGAGCCGCGGGCGGAUGGAGCCGAGCUACGUCGUGGGUAUAUGCUGCCUGGUGCUGCUGGAGCCGGGCCGGGUGUGGAGCGGCGAGCCCAGCACCGGGGGGCCCGGGGAGAGCGGGAACAGCAGCCAGGCACCGCCGCCGGAGACCACGGCCCCCGCGCCCACCGGAGCGGCACCACCGGGGGGGGACCGCUGCCGUGGGUACUACGACGUGAUGGGGCAGUGGGACCCGCCGUUCAACUGCAACGCCGGCAUCUACCAGUACUGCUGCGGGACCUGCGGGUACCGCUUCUGCUGUCAGUUCAAGCCCAGGCGGCUGGACCAGAGUGGCUGCUCCAACUACGACACCCCCAACUGGGUCAACACGGGCCAGCCACCAGCCCGGGUGGACGAGACCCCCGAGGACCCCACUCGUGACAAGACCAACAUGAUCGUCUACAUCAUCUGUGGCGUGGUGGCCAUCAUGGUGCUGGUGGGCAUCUUCACCAAGCUGGGCCUGGAGAAGGCACAGGGUCCCCAGACAGAGAUGACCGUCUCCAGGACACUGACAGACCUGCUGAAGCAGCCAGGCCAGAGCCCCUCUGAGAACAUGGACAGCCUCAUGGGGGGUGUGCAGGUCCCAUUGGGUGAGGGACUGGCCCGGGGGCCCCCCAGAAACAGCACAGACAAGCUGCCCUUGAACAAUGCGGUGGCCAUUGCUCCCUCACUGGGGCGGCCCCACAGCCACAGCAAGCGCCUGCCGCUGGCCAGCAGCCUGGCCCUGUCAGCCUCAGACUACACUUCCUACACCACCCUCAAGGUUGGAGAGAGCGCCUCCGAGGACUUCUACAGGCGAUUCGGGGGGUUGGAGACGCCCCCCGCCAGCACACUGCCCUUCCCACCCACCGAGACACCAGUGCUGCCCAAGGGUUGCCCCCUGCCCAAGGCCAAGGGCCCCAAGCUGCCAGGGAGCCUGGUCUUCCCAGGGGGCUGGGAGGGGGCCCCCCAUCGCGGCCCCCACCGGCCAGGCCUGGCCACUCUGCGCCCCGAGGGGCCACCUGAGGCCUUCGGCCCCUCCACCCCACUGUACAGCCAGCACCCCCGGCACCUCGCCACCAACAGCAAGACUGAGGUCACCGUCUGACAACCAGCACUGCCAGGGGCUGGGGCUGCCCCCUCACCUGGGUGUUGCUGCCCUCGGGGGCAGACCACUAGAGCAAAGCAUCCUAGGAUCUACGUAAACUGCGACGCUGGCCAGAGGGGGAGACGCGUCGUCCUUCCUCCCCUCCAGGGAUGGCGACUGCUGGCUGCACUUCACCAUCGAGGAGGCAUUGGGGUCUCAUCCGGGCAACAAGUUUCAGCCAUUCUCAGCCCGCCCCCUGAAGAGGCUGAGCUGGGAGCACACUGACAGAGCAGUACCCUGCUCAAGGGACAGGGGCCAAUGCUGGACAGACUGGGAAGACAUCCUGCUUGGGCCAGGCACCCCGAACCUAGCUCCAGUGAGCAGGUGGGGGGAAGAGCAAUGGACUCAAAGCACCAGCCCGGUGCUGCCAGUAAAGCCCAGCAGCCCCUUUCCCUCCCCAGCCUCCCCUUUCCCACUGCCCCAGCCUCCAUCUUGUCAAUAAAUAAUACA